AUGCUCGGGGAUCUCAGGAAGUAUAAAAGCCACGACCAGCAGCCGAAAGAGGCACAGUUCUUGGAUAAUCUCAUCCAAUCCAAUCCAAUUCCAAUCCAAUCCAAGAUGCGAUUCAUCUGCGUUUUGAUCCUUGCCGGCCUGGUGUCCAUAGUGGCUGCGGCAUCCACUCCCGCAUCUACUCCGCCUGCCAGCUCCACUCCGCCUGCCAGCUCCACUCCCCCCAGCUCCACCCCCACCAGCUCCUCCUCGACCACCACUCCAUCUUCCUCUUCCACAUCCAAUUCCACCACCACUACCGCCACCACAGAGGCAACCACCACCACCACCACCACCACCACGACGGCCGCCUCCACCACUUCCCACAAGACUAAGGUCGUCAACCGCCACCACUCGAAGAUCAAGCGAAGCAAGAAGGUCAGGAAGACCAGGAGGGACGGCAAGAAGGACAAGAGCAAGAAGAACAAGAGCAAGAAGGACAAAACCAAGAGGAGGGAGUCCAAGAGGAAGAGCAACCGCCGCAGUGGCUAG